AUGUCAUUGCAAGAAAUUAAGACCGAUUAUUUAACCCACUGGCUCAAUCAGCUUAUUGAGUCUGGCAUCAUUAACAGGGAACAUUUGAUAUAUCAAAACAUUGAGGCUUUCUUAACUGAACAGUUAAGUCAACCUAACCCGCCUGUUACUAACUGGGAACAAUGGCCAAUUCUGUACAGUUAUUGUGAGUCACUCUCUGCACUUGCUACGAGAAAAGGUUAUAUGUUUUAAAUGCGAUAAAUGUUUUAUAUGUGAUAAAUGCAGGUUGCUCUGAUGGUCCAGCCUCCAAGGCACAGCUUUCUGAACCUACUGGGCUAUGUUUUGACUUUGAUUCAGCUAUUAUUUGUUGUUUUGGUGGUAGCAAGAAUGGCUACAUUAAAUUGUACAGUGCUGUUGACUUUGCCUGUAGGUUCAUGGCUGCCAUCCGACAAAUAUAUCAUGCUAUUGGAUUUCUGCCAAAAAAAGAACAAAAUUAUUUAGCAAAAGUAGGAAAAAAUCCAGCAGCACCAUUUGUGGAAGGCACUGACCAACUUGCUGCCUCCCUUACUUACCUGGAGAGUCUAAUAGUUGAGCGAAAAAAAUAUCUUAAGGCAGCCCCUUCUGGCCCUGAGGGUACUGUGUAUCAUGUUUCUGUCCAGGGUCUAGCAGAAACAGUCAAAUCUCUGCAGGGCCAUAUUCAGUCAUUUAAGCAGCUGGGAAUGCAGGACAUUUUAGCUCAUCUUAGUCUAUAUGCAUUUGUUAAUGAAGCUCGGAAAGAGCACAGAUUUGCUAAACACAAACAGAAAGGGCAGUGCAGGCACCCUACUCUGCAGCAGUAUGUUCACAGUAAAGGCAGCCAUGAGAUAGAACAAAUUAAAAAAAUCUGCAACUGCUCCCAUGAUUAUCAUACUAACAAUUAUAGCGCCUACCAACCAACUCAUCAAUCAAGUUUGUCCUCUGUGAAAACUAUUGCCCAAUACAGGAAAUGGAGUGAGAAGUUCCAUCCUCAACCAAAAGUAGUCGAACAGGAACAAGCUAAAGAGGACCUUAAAGUUGCAAGAAUGUUAAAUGUUCUAACUAAAUCGAAGCCAACACAAAACAUCCGGGAACUGUAUAGAUACAAAUGUGGCUAUGGUCCAUGUGUCAUUAUCCAGAAAGAUACCCUUUCAGAGGGUGGUACAAAUCAGGCACAACUUUAUUUUCCAGCUUUUCAAGAUCUAAUGAAAGAACUUCAGGUCCAAAGAGGAGAAAACCCUCUGUUGCCUUCAGAAAUUUAACACGUCCAAGCAGGCGACUAUCUCUUUUUACCAGGAGAUAUUGUUGCAAUUAAUCCUGGGACAGAAAAUGAAGUUCCUAGUGGGGAUAAGUGGUGGCUGCUUCAAGUCAACAAACCACAUCACUUGAGCAAAAAUAGGUCUGGAUGUCAUGUGUUUGGGUUUUGGCUUGCUGAGAAGGAUACUAUUGAUAUGUCUGUGUCAGGAAAACAUUAUUCUUUGUUGCCACAGUCUGUGAAAACCUAUUUUGGUACAAUUAUCAAAGAUAACAAUAAUGUUCCAUUGGUGAUUCCUGUGGAGGAGUUGAAUUCUGGUUGGCAGAAUGGGCAGGUUGUCUAUGCUUUUACAGAAGAGUACUGUCGUACGCUGGAUUUGAUAUCGCACUCGUUCAGAAAAGGUCUGCAUGCAGCUGAUAAUAAUGAAGAGGAUGGUGCAUCUGAUCUGGAAGCCGAUGAGGAUGAUAGACAACCACCAGACAUUCAUGAGGUGGAACUCAUGGCAAUGCAACGAAGGAGAGUAGUUUGUGGUGUGGAGGGACAGAUUUUUAGUUCUUACAGGGAUCUUUUGAAUCCACGUCAAGCUGGAGGAAGACGACAACGGCGUAUUGAGAAUUUGGGCAAUGCAAGUACAGAAUCCGAAGCCGAAAGGAAUAAUUAG